AUGAUUGUUGUUGGAUGGGUUGAUUUUGGUAGGGCGUUGGCGUUGUUUGAUAUUCUUCAUGGUAAGGGUGUUUGGAGGUUUGACGUUGUUGGGAUGGUUGUUGGUUGUAUUUCUGUUGGCGAGGGUCGUCAUUCAAGGGAUAGCGUUGAAAAAGCAGAGGUCGGCGUUGUAGAUGAAGAAGAAGCACCGAAAAUAGAAGUUGAUAACUUGGUCAACGAGGAAAGUGAAAACGAACCGGACGCUGUUGUGCCACCAGAUCAAGUGCAUAUGCCUCCAGCGCACAUGGGGAACUUGAACUUUGAUGGGGAUGAACCAUCGACUGAUAUUUUUUAUGAUCCAUACACUCAAACAGAUGCACGGUUAAAAGAAGGAGACAUAUUUCGUUCAAAGGAGGAAUGUAUCAUGGCCAUAAAAAGAUUUCAUAUGGAAAACAAUGUUGAUUUUAAAGUUGAUCGUGCCAACGUUGAGAGGAAGAGAAGUGAUUCAUGGGUGAUAGGAUAUAUUUCCCAAGAUCACACGUGUGUUAACACGAAUGUUUCACAAGAUCACCGUAAGCUAAGUUAUGAUAUUAUAUGUCAAGAAAUCUUGCCCCUAGUAGACAAAGAUCCGUCAGUAAAGGUGAAAACGAUAAUUUCUCAUAUUGUUGCAACUUACAAUUACACUCCAUCUUAUAGAAAGGCUUGGCUGGCGAAAGCUAAAGCGAUCGAACUUGUGUAUGGAAAUUGGGAGGAUUCGUACAAACAACUUCCACGUUUCUUAUUCGCACUUCAAAUUUAUGCUCUUGGAACCGAUACUAUUUUAGAGACCCUUCCAACGCAAUCUCCAGAUGGAACGUGCCUUCAAGGAAAUGUGAUAUUCCACAGGCUUUUCUGGGCUUUCCGCUCAUCUGUUCAAGGAUUUGUGUAUUGCAAACCAAUUCUUCAAAUUGAUGGCACUUGGUUGUACGGAAAAUAUAAGGGGACCUUGUUGAUGGCUGUGGCACAAGACGGAAAUAGUAACAUUUUUCCUGUUACGUUUGCUCUUGUAGAAGGAGAAACUGCUGGAGGUUGGGGUUUCUUUCUUAGAAAUCUUCGGACACACGUUUCCCCCCAACCUGAACUCUGUUUGAUUUCAGACAGACAUGCUUCCAUCGAGACUGCGUACAACAAUCCAACAAACGGGUGGCAAAACUCACCUUCAACGCAUGUUUACUGUAUUCGACAUAUCGCACAAAAUUUCAUGCGAGAGAUAAAGGACAAGGCUCUUCGGAAGACUCUUGUCAAUGCCGGAUAUGCAUUGACUCAACCGAAGUUCCAAUAUUAUCGACAUGAAAUUGUAUCGGCAAAUCCAGAUGCAGGCAGAUGGAUAAAUAAUCUAGCUAGAGAGAAAUGGACCAUAUCAUACGACAACGGGCAACGAUGGGGGCACAUGACUACAAAUCUCGUGGAGUCUAUGAACGAAGUGUUUAAGGGCAUCAGACACCUUCCGAUUAUUGCCUUGGUGCAAGCAACAUACUAUAGGAUGGCUUCUCUUUUCGCACGAAGAGGUGAGCGUUGGAGUGCAGUUUUAGAAUCCGGACAAGUAUUCAGCGAAACCUGCGUCAAAUUCAUGAAAGAGAAAUCUGCCAAAGCCAACAGCCACAUUGUUACAUCUUUCGACCAAUUCAACCGGACCUUUAGUGUCAAAGAAACAAUUGACCAUAACGAGGGCCUUCCGAGACAACAAUACCGGGUUCUUACAAAGGAAGGGUGGUGCGACUGCGGAAAUUUUCAAGCCUUUCGCAUGCCAUGCUCUCAUGUAAUAGCAGCAUGUUCGUAUGCGCACCAAGAUCAGUUAGCACUUUUAUCUCCCAUUUACAAGGCGGAUACCUUGCUCGUAGUGUACAACAAUGCAUUUCAAGUGAUAGCAAAUGAGGAUUAUUGGCCUGCGUAUGAAGGGGACGUGGUUUGGCAUAGUGAUAACAUGCGGAGAAAGAAAAAAGGUCGACCAAACAGCGCACGGAUCAAAACCGAAAUGGAUGAUCAUGAGAAAAUGGUACGAAAGUGUGGCACAUGUCGUGAAGUCGGACACAAUAAAAAUACCUGUCCUAAUCGUGGAGCAACCUCCACCAAUAAUUAG